AGUUAACAUCACCACAUACCAUAAUUAGGAGAAGAAGGUGAUUAACUUUUAAAUUACUAUGUGAAAAUUUCGCCGGAAAUUACUCUUUAUGCGCAUUAACAGUGAAAUUAAUACCGUAUCAAUAGUUUUGGAUGGUUUUCCAAAUUUCCUGUUUAACUCACAGAAGAAACUGAUUUAUUUAUAGUUCAAUAACGACAUAUAAUAUAACACCGAAGAUUGAUGUGAUUACCGUUUUGCGGUUCAGAAAUGGAUUUUAUAUGUCUUGAAAUGAAACUGUUACAACCUUGUUUAUGUCCUAUUUGAUUUUUGAUGUUGAACAAACUAUCCAGGAAAUAGGUCUUUAACAUUUAUGUAAAUAGUUCAGCCAAUGCGAUCCGCUUUUCUGCAAAGGUCACAAGGUUAUUUUGACAGGGAAGAAAAUUAUCAAUACAUGUACCAGUACGCAUAAAUGACACACCGCAAACUUAUUUCACAUCAGUAAUAUUGCUAAUUGCGCGAAAGAAAGUCUCGAUAUUCUCUCUUUUUGAAAAAUUGUUUUGGGUGUUUGAACUGAAGUGGUUACGUCUUAGUGUUGUUUGUUUGUGGAUGAGCGGUUACCAGCUUGGUUAAUAGAUGAACUGCAUGCUGAUGAGUUGGUGAUAUGCGGCGUUCAAAUAAAUCAAGCUAAAUGUGACGGGAAUUAAAAGAUCGUCUAAAACUCGAAUAUCCCACGAUUUCAAGGACAAGUGAGUGAUUCGGUGAUCCAGGUAAUUGACUCGUUUGUUUUAAUAACUUGUUAUACUAUGUCCUUGGACAAUGGAUUAAAAUAUCAGUGAAAAGAAAACAAAGACACGGUUAUUGAAUUAAAACAAUUUGAAUCUUAUGGCGAUGAGACGUGCUCAAGGGAAUUAAACAUAUCUUCGGUGAUUGUUAACCAGGAAUUACCUGUUCAGAUCUCUAAAAGUGAUGAGUACCACUGCGGGUUACGUACUGACCACACUGUUCUCGACGAAUGAAACUGUCCUGGACACGGGUCAGUUCGACGGAUGGGACAAUGCAACCGACAGUAGAACAUCCGAUACCAAAAGAAGCAGUUAUAAUGCCCUGUUGACCGUGACUGUACCAAUUAUCAUGUUUGCUAGCGGUGUUUUGGGCAAUGUGUUGGCGUUAGCUGUGUUGGGUACUUCUAAAAAGAAACAUAGAAAGACGGUAUUUUAUCGAUUAGUCGGGGCCUUAGCAUGUACGGACCUGUUCGGAAUAGUUUCUGUGUCUCCAAUUACCAUUGUGGUGUAUUCUAAAGGACGUACCUGGAUCGGCGGAGAACACCUGUGCAAUUAUUCCUCAUUCAUGAUGAUAUUUUCGGGAAUAGCAACGCUGUUGAUAGUUGGAGCCAUGGCCCUGGAGAGAUUUGUAGCAAUCAUCCACCCCUAUGCCUACGAGACCCGAUUCUCCACGGGGAAAGUGAAGUAUAUAGUCUUGGGAAUCUGGGUUACCUCUGCCGUGAUCGCUGCUCUGCCCAUGAUUGGCCUGGGAGAGAACAGUGUGCAGUAUCCGGGCACCUGGUGCUUCUUUAAUUACGCCAGUGACGAAAUAACCGGAAAGAUCUUUACAUAUUUCUACGCAUCCGUCGGGCUGUUGGUCAUCGCCGUAACCGCCCUAUGUAACGUAGCGGUAAUGAUCGUGUUGGUAAAGAUGAGGCAAGCGGCCAAGGAGAUUAAACCUACUGCUGUUUUGGGAAGACAGCCUAACAAGUUGGACAGUGAGGUUCAGAUGAUGAUUCUGCUGGGUGGUAUCAUCUUGGUGUUUGCAACAUGCUAUGCGCCUUUAAUGGUGAGGCUGAUUAUUAACCAAUCAAAAACUCAGCCUGUAAAUCACGCGGUUGACCUGUGGGCUAUUCGAAUGGCUUGUAUUAACCAAAUCCUCGAUCCCUGGGUUUACAUACUCUUUAGAAAAGAGUUACUUGUUCGCAUCUGGGCCAUACUCAACUGUAAAUUCACAACCGACGACAAACGUAUCCACAAUAGCACCUGGAAAAAAGACUUCAAACGAGUGGCCUCGUCUCUACCGGAAAGAAAAGCGUUGUGCGAAAAUAAACCAGAGAACUCUUCACCCAAGUUACAUUUUCUCAAGGACUUUCAGUGCUGUAGUCCAUUAAACAAAACACAUUUGAGAAAAGGGAGUGGGAAAUCCCUAUUGAUACCUUUAACAUCGUACGGGGAAAGUUGCCUCGGUGGCAGGCCGAAAACUGCCCAAAAUGGACAGAGAAGUGAGACAGCAAAUAAAGAUGAGUAUUAUGAACUGCAAGGUAAAACGGAGGCCCUAGCUGCUCGAAACAUUCCAGAAUCUACGUCAUAUCCGUAAAAUCAACCUACUUAAACCUGCUUCUGAUGGUUUGUAAACCUUGUUUACUUACCCAUAGCUUUGUUUAAUAAAUAUUGCUCUCUGGUUCUGAUAACCAAGAAAAAGUCACUGGCCUGGAUUGUUGUGACUACUUCCGUUCUUUCCGCUUUUACUGGUCCGUGGAUGCGGUUAGUGCUAAAUGAUAAGGCCGGUUCAAGUUUUCGUCAUAGGUUAUGUGAUGUAAACAGGGCUAGCGCUAAUCCCAACCCUAACCUUGGACCAAACGCCGAUGCUUUCCUAACCCUAACCUAAAAUCUCGCCAGCAAUCACGUGCCCUAACCUUAUUUACAUCCCAGCGACCUUGACAAAAAUUGAGCUAGCCUUAACAGACAGAUUUAGCCAGUGGACGCAAGGCUUCUAUUGAGUGAGUUUAAUCGACUGCUGGUGACCGUUGACCCAGCGGUUAUCUUCUACCAAUGCAGUAGCCUCGGUUUUUGAAAUCCAACCGUCAUUGCAACUAUCUGUAAGCGGUGCACUAUGUCGUGGCAGGGUAUGCUUCUUAAUUCUAAAACAUCCGAUGCCACUUCUCGUCUGAAAUAGAGUUCAAAUAGCUAACAAAAUGAAAUGAAAAUUGGGUUUAACAUCCUACUUUUCUAACAAAAUAUAACGCUGAGUGUAAAUAAAGAAUGAAUCGUGUGGGGUUCAACCGGGACAAUAAAAUCGGGAUUACGGCCUAUGAUGGGAAUUUUGCCCUGGCAGUGACGUUAUUAGUUUGGACGCAAGUUUUGAAAUUUUAAUCGACCCUCUAAUUGGUAUCAAAUUGACGUCACAUCCAGGCCACUGACUCUGAUUUGAAUAUCUCAUGAGAUCAACUCUUAUUCAACUGGGCUAUUGUUUGUAUUAUCGUUGAAUGUCAUGAAUGCUGUAUAUGUAUAUAGUUUAUAUUAGUAUAUUAAAUCACCUAUAAUGCGAUACUGUACAAUCAUGGAUAAAAGUUUAGCGAGUAUUUUGAUAUGUUACAUAUUAAGCUAAAACCAGGACUGGAGUUAGCCAUAUUGGGAUCCUAAAUUAUUGGAAUUAUAGAGACCAUAUUUAGUGAAGAUGCAGCUACUAAAUGGUUUCUUUAUACUUUGGUAAUUCGGAAAAGAAAGUUUCUGUUAUUUAUAAAAUUUCUGAGUGUACUUCUUCCCUGUUUUUCAUAUGGCGAGUUUUGGUAACUUGUUGAUUAUAGAUAAAAAGGAUCGUUUGGAUUUUCAUAUUCUGCCAGGUGCGACGAAUAAUUACAUUUUACUUGUACGCUACUUCCAUAUUGUGUAUCUCAAGAUUUCCAUGGUCAACCUCAUACAGACGUUUGAAUCUGACAGUGUCACAUGAAGCCUCGUGUGUGGUAGAAAGCGUCCAACCCAACGAAAAUAUCGGAAAAGUUGGCACCGAAUUAACAGUCAAUGUUGGAAUCUAUGGUGGCAUCCUGCGAGUUGUCUCCCUUUAUGUUAAAAAUGACGCUUGCUCGUCUAUCUGCAUUGAACGUUUUAUAUUGUGCUUAUGGUGCUUUAUUCUGAGUUAAAAGUCUAAGUACUUAAAAUGUUUUAAAGCCUACAAAACAGAGAGGGAAGUGGGGUUUAUUGUCCACUCGACACAAACUAGGUCAUUUCGGGAUUAACACAUGGUUCAGUUUUAUUUCCAUAAUUGGCGUGCACGUAGGAGUCGUUAGCAGUGGGAGGAAACCGGAGGACCUGGAGAAAACCCACGAGGUUGGACCGGCGACCCCACUCCUUGUCACGUGCAACCGGGGAAUCGAAACCACGCCAGUUGACUCAAUGGCAGGCCUUAUGAAACAGCGCACGUGCUAACCAUUCGCCCCCCCCUCCCCCGGACACUUUACAAAAGCGCCCAGUAAAGUAAACAUUUGAUUAUAAAAAUAACCCCCUCUGUUUCAGGCGUGAGAUUGUUUUUUUUUAUCUAGAUUUAUUACUUUUUAAAAGUAUCUUUCAACCUUUAUAAUGUCCUUAAAUAAAUUAAUUCCACAAUAUUUGCUUGUGUAGAAAAUUGCGGUAUCUGAUAAUUGAUAUUUAAUUGUCUUUAAAUUCUGUAUGUCGUCUGUGUUUGAAUAGUGUAUACUUAAAUUUAAAAUCUAAAAGUUCUUCUUAUAGCUUGUACAUCUUAUGUAAAUGUUGAAUUUGUGAAUCUAAUUGUAUGGAUUUUUGUACAUAAAACUACAUCUUCUAUGACAUCGACGUGUUAAGUGGAUUUUAC